AUGCGCUCAAUCCUCGCUGGCGCAACCGCAGGAGCUGUAGAAAUCUACGGAAAGAAGCUGCCAUGGCCGCCGUUCGGCAAGCAAUGGUACGCAGGAUGUACGACUCUGAUCAUUGGCAAUUCACUGAAGGCCGGCAUAAGAUUCGUCGCAUUCGAUGCGUAUAAAGAUCUACUAGCAGAUGCUGAAGGCAAGGUCUCCGGCCCGGCCACUGUCAUAGCCGGAUUCGGUGCUGGAGCAACGGAGUCAUUGCUGGCAGUGACGCCGUUCGAGAGUAUAAAAACACAACUAAUCGACGACCGCAAAUCCGCGAACCCGCGUAUGCGAGGCUUCCUCCACGGCUCCAAGAUCAUCGCGCAAGAAAAAGGCAUCCGGGGCUUCUUCCAGGGCUUCCUUCCCACGACCGCGCGACAAGCCGCCAACUCCGCCGUACGGUUCUCGAGUUACACUUCCCUCAAGCAGCUGGCACAGUCAUACACUUCGCCAGGCGAGAAGCUGGGUGCUGUCAGCACAUUUGGACUGGGAGGUCUUGCGGGUAUCAUAACAGUCUACACGACUAUGCCCAUCGACACUGUCAAGACGCGCAUGCAGUCGAUUGAGGCGAGUGCGCAGUACAAGAACAGCAUCGAUUGCGUUGUGAAGAUAUUCAAGCACGAGGGCUUGCUCACAUUCUGGUCUGGAGCUGUGCCGCGAUUGGGCCGUCUCAUCCUCAGUGGUGGUAUUGUGUUUACUAUGUACGAGAAGUCGAUGGAGCUGAUGGACAGACUGGAUCCUCAAGGAAGGUACAUCUGA